GUGCCGUACCACCGUCGCGGGCAGGCUCGGCCACGAGCGCCAGAGCCCCGCGCCUCCCCUCGCGGCCUCUCCCAAGUCCCUGCCCCGCCGCAGAGCGUCACUUCCGCCAUCCCCGGCCGCGGUUGGGGCGGGGCGCACGGGGGAGGGGGCCAGGUCGGAGGGAAGCCCGCCCGUGCCCGAGCCCGCGCCCGAGCAGGGACUACAUUUCCCGAGGGGCCUCGGCGGCGGCUGCGGCGACGGGCGCGGCAACGUCCCCCGGAAGUGGAGCCCGGGACUUCCACUCGUGCGUGAGGCGAGAGGAGCCGGAGACGAGACCAGAGGCCGAACUCGGGUUCUGACAAGAUGGCCGGGCUGCCCCGCAGGAUCAUCAAGGAAACCCAGCGUUUGCUGGCAGAACCAGUUCCUGGCAUCAAAGCCGAACCAGAUGAGAGCAACGCCCGUUAUUUUCAUGUGGUCAUUGCUGGCCCUCAGGAUUCCCCCUUUGAGGGAGGGACUUUUAAACUUGAACUAUUCCUUCCAGAAGAAUACCCAAUGGCAGCCCCUAAAGUACGUUUCAUGACCAAAAUUUAUCAUCCUAAUGUAGACAAGUUGGGAAGAAUAUGUUUAGAUAUUUUGAAAGAUAAGUGGUCCCCAGCACUGCAGAUCCGCACAGUUCUGCUAUCGAUCCAGGCCUUGUUAAGUGCUCCCAAUCCAGAUGAUCCAUUAGCAAAUGAUGUAGCGGAGCAGUGGAAGACCAACGAAGCCCAAGCCAUAGAAACAGCUAGAGCAUGGACUAGGCUAUAUGCCAUGAAUAAUAUUUAAAUUGAUCAGAUCAUCAAGUGUGCAUCACUUCUCCUGUUCUGCCAAGACUUCCUCCUCUUUGUUUGCAUUUAAUGGACACAGUCUUAGAAACAUUACAGAAUAAAAAAGCCCAGACAUCUUCAGUCCUUUGGUGAUUAAAUGCACAUUAGCAAAUCUAUGUCUUGUCCUGAUUCGCUGUCAUAAAGCAUGAGCAGAGGCUAGAAGUAUCAUCUGGAUUGUUGUGAAACGUUUAAAAGCAGUGGCCCCUCCCUGCUUUUAUUCAUUUCCCCCAUCCUGGUUUAAGUAUAAAGCACUGUGAAUGAAGGUAGUUGUCAGGUUAGCUGCAGGGGUGUGGGUGUUUUUAUUUUAUUUUAUUUUAUUUUUGAGGGGGGAGGUAGUUUAAUUUUAUGGGCUCCUUUCCCCCUUUUUUGGUGAUCUAAUUGCAUUGGUUAAAAGCAGCUAACCAGGUCUUUAGAAUAUGCUCUAGCCAAGUCUAACUUUAUUUAGACGCUGUAGAUGGACAAGCUUGAUUGUUGGAACCAAAAUGGGAACAUUAAACAAACAUCACAGCCCUCACUAAUAACAUUGCUGUCAAGUGUAGAUUCCCCCCUUCAAAAAAAGCUUGUGACCAUUUUGUAUGGCUUGUCUGGAAACUUCUGUAAAUCUUAUGUUUUAGUAAAAUAUUUUUUGUUAUUCUACUUUGCCUUUGUACAGUUUAUUUUACUGUGUUUAUUUCAUUUUCCCAAUUUGACAAUCGUAUUUUAAAAUUGAAACUGAUGGAACAUUCUUUCUUGGUCUUCACCAUCUGACAAAUUGAAUGGCAAGAGGUGGAUUUUGCCAGUUUCUUUUCACUGAUGCAGAUUUGUGUUAAGAUAGUACUGAAUGGAGUAUUUAUAAACUGGCCCUGAGCAUGCAUAAAGCAUCAGUAUCUGACGUUUUUUUAACCUUCUAGGAAUUUGAAGUAAGUGUUUGUGUUGUCUGAUUAGAUGAUCAUUGGUGUCUUGCCACAAUGUUUAAAAAUUACUGUACAGGAAAGUCACAGCAAAGAUAGCAGUUGUGACUGACAUGUAGGACUUUCACAGUUGUGCCACAUUUUUGCCUAAAAUUUGGGUUAUGACAUUUUUCUUGGUUCUUGUCUGAAAAUUUCAUCUGUAACCUUUCAUGUGUGCUAAGAAACACUGAUCUGAUAAUCAUUUGGGAUUUGCUGAGGCAUUUGUGAGUCUUCCUUAUAAACCUGAUGAGCAGAUCUCAAGUAUCUAGCUUGCGUGUCAUCAGAAAGGUUUAUCCCUUUGAGAGUAUCAAGUCCUCAAUUAAUGAUUCUUGCUUUCAUCCCUCCAGUAUUUGCUGUGGGAGUUCGUUUUAUUCUUUAAUUUGGAAUUCAGUAAUUUUUCUUCUUUAUUGACGAAUUCCUUCCCUCACAAAACUGUUCUUUCCCACCUCUAUCCAUAUCUAAUUCCUGAUUCUUGUUAUUUUUAAGUCAUAAAUGUAGCCAGUCAUAAAUACAUAAAUGUUAACCUUCGGGUUGCAACCUUGUCUCUUGCAGUUUAAGGUAAUGGAUAUUGUAGCCCAUUUGAAUUUUCUUCACUCUUAUUCUCGUAAUUCUGGAGUUUCUUCAGAUUGUGGUGUAUUUUAUUGUGCUCCUAUGUAAGAUGAAGAAUUAACUAUUAAAAUUACAUUUUCAACAUACAAAA